AGUACCAACAAAGGUUACAGAGCCAUUACUAAGUGUACCAAAUCCAAGAGCCCUACAACAGACUGUUUCUUCUGUACCUGGCCAGUCAAAAUAUAUACAGCUGCUUAAUGUCAUAGAAGAACUUGGUCACGAGGUUCGACCUACCUAUGCUGGCAGUCGUACUUCUGCUGAAAAAAUCAAGCGUGAUUAAUAAUUCAGCUAUGUUCCAUACAUUGGAUAAUUUUGAUACUGAAUUCUCUGCUGACUCUGUUGAAUGGUGUCCAAUAGAUCCUUUCAAAGAUACAUUUGUCUGUGGAACAUAUCAGUUAAUGAAAGAUGGUGAAUUAAAGUCUGAUGAAUCGGUAUCAUCGAAACGUUUAGGAAGAAUCUAUAUGUUUCAAGUUAAGACCACUGGAUGUUUAGAAUUAUUACAACAACUAGAAGUACCCGCUGUAUUAGACAUGAAAUGGGCACAUGUUACGUGUCAGACUAAAAUUUUUCUUGGUGUUGUAAAUUCCUUAGGAUACCUGCAAAUUUAUGAACUUAAAAACGAUGAGGAGAAGGUUUUACAAUUAUUAAUAGAAGAAAAAGUUGCAAAUGAAAAUGAAGUUCUUGCAUUAUCUUUAGAUUGGUGUACAGGAAGAUUUACAAAUGAUAAUGAAUUAGUUCCAAAAAUAGUAGUUAGCGAUUCUAAAGGUUUUAUAUCAUUAUUUCAAAUAAUUGAAAACAAACUAAAUAAAAUUAAUUCAUGGCCUGCACACGAAUUUGAAGCUUGGAUUACAGCUUUUGAUUACUGGGACACAAAUGUGAUAUAUACUGGCGGUGAUGACUGUAAAUUUCAACGUUUUGAUACAAGAAUAGGAUAUUAUCCUUCUACUUCAAACAGAAUUCAUGGUACUGGAGUUACAAGCCUUCAUAGUAAUGCAACAAAGGAAUAUUUGUUAUCAAGUGGAAGUUACGAUGAAAUCCUAAGAUUAUGGGAUACAAGAAACUUGAAACGACCUAUUUCGGAAAUUAAUCUUGGCGGGGGUGUGUGGCGUUUAAAAUGGGAUCCUUUUGUACAAAAAUAUUUACUCGCAGCAUGUAUGUACGGUGGAUUUAGAAUAGUCGACUGUGAAAAAUCAGAAUCUCCGUCCAUUAUUGGCGAGUACAACGAACAUAAAAGCAUAGCAUACGGAUGCGAUUGGUGUUUUUUAAAUAGCAAGAAAAUUGGAGAACAAAUUGAAACAAAAGCUGAAAACAUUUAUUUAAUUGGUAAUUGGUUAAAUUCAAAGGAUUUCUACUGCGCAUGCGCGAGUGCAAGUAGCCGGUGUCGAUGUACGCGCGGUAGUUCCGGGAUCUCCUGGCAGAUGGCAAUGUGCCGGCGCGAGCUGCAGUUCGUCGUGACCAGUUCGAUAAAAAUCAGUCGUUCGGAGGGGCUGUUUUGGCGUGGUGGCAGUGCUGUGAUUUCUGUGACGAGUUCGUGUGCAGUGCCGCGGUAAAUUAUCAGUGAUUAAUUGCGGAUCAAGGAUAGAGCGAAUAAGACUAAGGAUAAAUUGAAUUGUGCAGAGCGUGGAAUGAUAAAUGGUGGCUACCAGCAGCAUGGUGUAUGAAGAGAUAGUAGGAAUACGGGGCAGCUGACCCCAGCCACCGCGCACGCU